ACAGGAAAAGAAAGUGAAGCCUGCUCAAGAUGUGUUUGUGUUUGUGCGUGUGUGAGCUUGGCAAAAAAUAGAAGCGCACACGAUGAGGGCAAAAGCAGACGUAGCCCGUUCGAUUCGCUGACAGGACGACGCUUCAGCUGCCCCCGUGCGCGACCGCGGAUUUAAGAUGAUUUUAGUUUUCACAGCCAGGUGCGGUGGAGCCGCUCCAGCUGGAGCCGUUUUGCGGCACGCGUUGGCAUGCAACACGGCCUCGCUGGCGUCCUCUUCCAACUGGUUCUACUCUCUCGCCUGACCCACCGAGAUCGCUCAUCUAAAUCUCUCGUUCGGAUCAGAUCCCCCUUAUGUAAAUCUGUUUCUCUUCCUGACCUCCGGUCAUCCUCUGAGGGGCUCUCCCAGAUCUCGACCCCGAAUCCCCGACGACGACUCUGCAGAAUUAAUGAGAGGUCGCAAGUCAAUCGAGGGGACGAGAGCAGCAAAAAGUGAAGAUUCUGCAUUAUUAGUGCAAUGCAGUUUUACACGAAGGUUCGUUUCUGGUGGCUUUGGGCUUGAGUUGAACUGUUCGAUCCCUCCAGCAUUUGUGACCAUAAAACUCUAAAGACACCUUAAAUCUGCUGCACAUCUGAUGGAGAACAGCCGUCCGAAGGAACUGAAUUCACGAUGUGCAUUUGCCCACCUAAAAUCCUUCUAAAGUAUUAAACCAAGAAAAUAAUUUUGCCUCCUAAAGCCAUGGAUGGGCCGUCAGACAGGAUCAGGAACUUCUUCAACCUUCUCUGGAGUUUUGUGACGGAAAAACACAACCAGGGCGUCUACAACACCGCGUGCCUGGUGGUCCUCCUCACGCUGCCUCUGGUGGUCCUCCUCACCACGCUGGCGGUGUGCUGCCACUGCUGCUGUGGUCGCCAUGGCGACGACUCCUGGGCCCACCGCAGAGGCGACGGCGGCGCGGCGGCGGUGGCCGCCAAGUCUGAAUCAAAGAAGAAGAAGAGGAAGAAAAACUCCGCCAACGACGAGGAUUUGUGGAUUUCGGUCAAGACUGGGCAGAUGGUGCCCGAUGUGGUCGCCCUGCCGAUGGAGUAAGAAGUACUUUUUGUAGUUUUGAAGGCUUUCACGGGACAGGAAAAGAAGAUUGAAAAGACUCAUUAGAUGUGAAAGCUGUGUCCGAACUGCUGCGAUUUCAUGUAAGCCAUCAAGUCCGGGGAGAUCAUGUUUACAAUCUUUGCGGUACAGACAUUCAGAAGCCAGGCCAAGACGGACGCCUAAACAGAUUUAUUGUAGAAACUACUGUCUUAUUUGAUUAAAAAAUGAAAAAAUUCUGUUCAGGCCACUAAAAGCCUUGCUUUGGCUUCAUCAUGUGGCAUCUUAGUGCCAAUAAGAAAUGUUGAAGUGAGUUAAAGAGCUUCAUGCCAUCAUCAUUUGGCCUAUUAUAAACCUUAGGAUGGAAGUGUAAAUUAUUCCAUUUUUUUUCUAUUUGCGGCUCUCUGGGGCUUCGCUGUACGUUUAUAUACUGCAACUGCAAAUUGUGUAUGUGUGUGUGUAGUUUGUGUGCAGGUAAGUUCUUAAAGCCGCCAUGUGAAAUGUGUAGCGUCAGUAUUCAGGAGGGCGCGUCAGUUUUCAGGACAGGUUGCGGCCCUGCUGAGUUGUCACAAACAAUCUAUGAUGACUCGCUUUUGAAGUUUAAAAAAAAAACAUAUUUCUUGCACUUGAUUUUGGGGUUUUGAAUUCAAAGCAUGUUUUGCAACUGUCGUUGCCACUUUGGGUCUCGCCCCGUGUUGCAAUUUUCAUCUCGGUUACGUCCCUCGGGCGUUUGUAGUAAUGUUCUUCAAACUUGAGUGCUCUGCUCUUUCUUUCUUUUUUGAACAAUUUCAAAAAUAAAAUCAUCAACACACCCAAAGAUCAAGUAAACAUAUUAUAUGUCACUGAAAUGAGCCCAUUGUACCCAACCUCAUGAACAAGUGUAGGUAUAAGCUGCCUCGUCUACUGGUGAUUUAGGGUUUCUUUAUAAUGGCUGCCUCCAUCUUUGAGAAAAAUACCAAGUCCAAAAAGACAAUAAAAAUAUUUGGUACACGACACGAACGUGCCACAAAAUUACAAGUUCUGUGUGGUGAAAUCUGAGAUGUGUGUCUAAAUACUUUAUAUACUGUAUAAAGUCUUGCUUCCAGACACAGAAAAUUGUUGAAAAUGCACAAAAACUGAAAAAAAUUGCACUCAAUUGUGGCGAUACAGGGCUCUAUUUUCGUAAACAACCCGUCUGUGGAGGUACCGCAAAUGCCUCCAUUUCUUGACUUUUUAUCGUCAAUGUGGUAGACUGGUCCGAAACACUCCGGGGGAUCCGGCGCAGCGAAGGUGUGCCCUGGCUGCAGAGAGUCGGUCUGAUCCCGCCCCUUCCUGGCCUACAUCUAAAUCCUGGUGCAGUAGGUAGACCACCAUGAUUUGGGUCAACUUUAACUGGGGCGGCCGGGCAGACAGAUUCAUUUCUACAGUCAGACGUAUUUCAUUCAUGAAUAUGUUAGCAGCAGGAACUUAACAAUCACGUGUGCGCUACUUAUCAGAAGCUAACGCGCUUAGCUAGCAUGAAUCUGUGACUGUCCCCAACCAAUCACAAUGGAGCUCCGCACGACAGCGUUUCCGACGUAAAAAUGACUUUGGCUCGUCAACUUGUCUCACUCAUCAAAUCUUUGAGUGGAGAGCUGGCGCGGACGUUCAGAGGGCUAUGCUAACAUUUUACAAAUGCGCAGAAAGCAAAGAUUUACUUGGUUCCUAAUUUUCACACCCACCGGGAGUCCAGAAAACAGAAAAAAAAGUCAAUUUAUCGUCAUACUUUAUGUUCCAUUUAAAGUAGUGACAAAUGAAUGAUUGGAUGAAUAAAUGGUAUUCAAUAAUGUACUGUACUUUGAUGAAAUUCAGUUUACCCCUGAAAUUAUGUUGACUAUUGAUAGCUAUUUCCCAACAUUUCCACCAAAUAAUAGCUGUGUGCAACAUUAUGUAAAUAGAAAAAAGUUCAUGUGAGUCAAAGUCAAAUAAUUGCCUCCCGUGAUUUUGUCACGGAGGUCUUAAUGAACUGCUUUGGAUGAGCGAGGGCCCCCGGGGCGCAAAGGAAAAACGGCGUGCUGUGUUUUCUUACAUACGUUUGAAACGUAAACAGCAGAGAAAGUCCAACGAUUUUUGUCUUGAAAUGAGCUGUGCCAGUGGGCUUCACUUUUGUGACGUUGCCAAAGCGCAAUUAGGCGCGGGCAUCACUGCAAUAUCAGCGGCGUUAUGCAAUGAGAACACGCCGGCAUCCGAACCGCAAGUUCUGCUGGGGCAAAGAAAGAAAGAAAGAGGCCCAGCUCGCUUUCAUUAUGGCACUGACGUGUACUUGCCCACAUAGAAUUUCUUUCAUUUGUGGUAUGUGAGAUUUAUGCAAAUACUUUAAUGGAGAAAUAUUAUAUUUGACAUAAGUUUAUCAUUGGCCUAACACUGCAUCCAUCUGCAGUCGAUGUCCAUUUGUAAACAUUGUUCUGGGUGGAAUUUUUUUUUUUGGUGGGCCAGCAGAGCUUCGAGGCAGACAUUUUGUGUACCGCAUUUUUUUUCAAGUCUAUUUAACCAAUUUUUUGUCCCAUCUCUGAAAAAUCAUUGCCAACAACCUCCCUAAAAUAUCAACGCUCUAUUCCAGCCCAUUACCUCUCCCCUUCUUCAUUGACAAUCGUGCCAUGUUUUUGUGGUUCAGUCGAAAAAUAGUACGUGAAUAUUGCACGUGGAGCCUUGGAACCUGCUACACGUCGCAGUUAUUCAUUUCAUUUCAUCGUCGCAGCGCGUCGGUAGACUUGGUGUGUGGCAAAAAGUCAGCAAUUGUAAUUUUUUCACACUUCAGUGUGGCCUGUAGCAGUUUCGCUCGGGGGGAGGUGGUGGGCAUUGAUUUCAUCAGUACCGGCCUAGCAGAUCAGAAGUCACUUUUCCAUAAUAUUUCAUUCUUUUUCAGUCAUAUGAAGUGAUGCUUACAGUUCCGAAAUAUUGUCCGUUAUCUUAUAUGCCACGUUUUGAUUAUGGAUGCUUGAUUUCCUGUGUUGUAUCCAACUUAAAUUCAAGUAAGUUAUAGGACGAGAAUGCAUUAUUUAGGGACAGAUUUGUAAAUUCCGCCUACCGCAGUGUUAUUCAAUUGUGCUAUAAAUAUAAACAUAAAUCAGAGACAUGCUGAUUUACCUGCGGCAAAACAUCGUUUGUCUCUGUUUUACUGUGAAGUGCAUUUAUUUCAUCCUCUGCGAAAUGACAACAAAACAUUUCAGCACCUUCACACAAAUUAAAAAUGACUUUGUAUGUUUAAGAUAUGCUUUUAACUCAGGUGCCCCCCCCCCUUUUUUUUUUCAUGUGCCCGACUGGUUGCGGCAUUGCAUGCUUAAUUUAUCUUGACGCGUGAUAAAAGGGGAACGUUAUUGUGCAGGAUCCGACUGCAAGAAAAU